AUGUCCAACAUUGAAGACGAGAAGAAGGGGGAUGUCUACACCAGUGCCAACCACCUCGAAUACGAGGAGAAGGCCCAGGGCGUCAUCUCCGACAACUUCGGCCAGUACAUCAACGAUGCCGCCGACGCCUCAUCUCAGCAAAAGGGUCAGACCAUCCGGGAGGCCGUUAGUAUGUACCCCAUGGGUAUCGUCUUCUCCCUGAUCUUCUCGACUGCCAUUAUCAUGGAGGGGUACGAUACUCUGCUUCUCGGUCAAUUCUACGCCCAACCUGCGUUCGCGGCACGAUUCGGUUUCUACGACGCUGCGUCCAGGUCUUACCAGAUCCCGGCUCAGUGGCAGACUGCCUUGGGUGCUGGUGGUCAGGUCGGUCAGAUCUUGGGUCUCCAGAUUACUGGAUGGGCAUCUGACCGCUUCGGUUACCGAAAGACCAUGGCGGCUGCUUUGAUCGCUAUCACCGGUCUUCUCUUCCUGCAGUUCUUCGCUACUGGUCUGCCCAUGUUGCUCAUCGCCUACAUCCUCCUUGGCUUCCCCUUCGGUACCUUCCAGACCAUGACUGUCGCCUACGCUUCCGAGCUCAUGCCCGUUGCCCUCCGACCCAUCCUCACAACAUACGUCAACCUCUGCUGGGUCAUUGGGCAGAUCAUCGCUUCCGGUGUCAACCUCGCCUUCAUCGGUGACGAGUCGGAGUGGGCUUACAAAAUCCCCUUCGCCAUUCAGUGGAUCUGGCCCGUGCCCAUCAUGAUCGGUAUCUUCUUCGCGCCCGAGUCCCCUUGGUUCCUCGUUCGCAAGGGCAAGCUCGAAGACGCCGAACGCUGCAUGCUGAAGAUCACCUCCCGGGCUCACUACUCUGUCGAGGACGCUCGCAAGGCCGUUGCCAUGAUGGUGCACACGAAUGAAAUCGAGAAGGAGGUCAUGACAGGCACUUCCUACCGCGACUGCUUCCGCGGCAUCAACUUCCGCCGCACCGAGAUCGCCUGCAUCGUUUGGCUCAUCCAGACCACCUGCGGUUCGCCUUUGAUGGGUCAGGGUACCUACUUCUUGGUUCAGGCCGGUCUCUCUGCCAAGACUGCUUCCACCCUCAACUUGUGCAUGUUCGCCGUCGGUGCCUGCGGUACCAUCGCGUCCUGGCCUUUGAUGAAGGUUGCCGGUCGACGCACUCUCUAUCUGUACGGACAAGUUGCACUCUUUGCGCUCAUGCUCCUCACCGGUAUCCUCGGUAGCGUCAACCUCGCCGCUGGCACUCCUUCCGCUGGAACUUCUUACGCCAUCGGUGCCUUCCUCAUCCUGUUCACCGGUCUCUACGAUCUUACCGUCGGUCCCGUUUGCUACUGCCUCGUCGCCGAGAUCGGAAGCACCCGUCUGCGCGCCAAGACCGUCGUCCUCGCCCGCAACCUGUACAACCUCGGCGGUGUCGUCGUCAAUGUCUUGAACCCCCAGAUGCUCAACCCUACCGCCUGGAACCUCGGCGCCCGCUCCGGAUAUCUCUGGGCUGCUUGCGGUCUCGUCGGUAUCGUCUGGACCUUCUUCCGUCUCCCCGAGCCCAAGGGCCGCACUUUCGGUGAGCUGGACAUCCUGUUCGAGGAGCGCGUCCCCGCCCGACACUUCGCCCGCACCCAGGUCGACGAGUUUAAGGCGGCCGAGCGGAAUGCUGCAUCCGCCGCUCUCGGUGGCGGUGCCAUGGUCCACUAG